GUGCUCGGCUUAGAUCCGCAACAUCAGGCAUCUCUAUUAAAAGUAAUAAUUCUAGGUCUCAUUGCUGCUGUAGCAAUUUCUAGUAGAUUAUUUAGUAUUAUUCGCUUUGAAAGUGUUAUUCACGAAUUUGAUCCAUGGUUUAAUUAUCGGACAACUCGUCGUUUGGUUCAAACAAACUUUUACGAAUUUUGGAAUUGGUUCGACGAACGAUCGUGGUAUCCGUUGGGCCGUGUUGUCGGUGGAACGGUUUACCCUGGUUUGAUGGUGACUUCAGCUACUAUACAUAACAUUCUUCACGCGCUCAACUUUCCCGUUGAUAUACGCAACAUAUGUGUACUGUUAGCUCCUUUAUUUUCAGCUUUCACCGCUGUUGCUGCAUAUCUUUUGACUUCUGAAAUGAAGGAUUCUUCUGCUGGUCUUUUGGCUGCUGCCUUUAUUGGGGUAGCCCCUGGUUAUAUUUCUCGUUCAGUUGCUGGUUCAUACGAUAAUGAAGGCAUCGCGAUAUUUUUACUCAUGUUUACCUUUUAUUUAUGGAUCAAAUCCCUUAAGGAGGGUUCUGCAUUCUUUGGUGGUUACGUAUUUAUUAUCAAUCUUAUCCCUCUUCAUGUGUUUGCUCUGAUUUUGAUGGGCCGGUUUUCCACCAGGCUCUAUGUAGCAUAUUCUUCUUUUUAUGUUCUUGGUACUUUAAUGUCAAUGCAAAUCCCUUUUGUUGGAUUUCAACCAACAAGAACAAGUGAACAUAUGGCUGCCUUAG